AUGGCUACUAAUAUAACUUCAAACGAUUAUGAAUUUUUUAGUAAUAUUGAUAUGUAUAUGAAAAAAGUUAAUGGACUUGAAAGUUUUCUUACUAGAAUAUUUGAAGUUGCUCCUGGAGUUGAGGUGGUUAAAGGAGUUGGUUUUCCUUCUAAAGAUGAUAUUAUUAAAAAUUGUAAUAUCUUUUCAAAAAGUGUUCCUUUGAAUGGUGUUUCCAGUGAAGAAAUAUGUAAGAAAUUUAUUUGCCUCAUUGGAAGUAUGCCAUCUGUUACGUUUAUUCAACCACUGCAAAAUAUUCAUAAAAUCGAUUGUGGAUUUUUAAAAUAUUGGUUAAAUUUAAAGUUAAAACAUACAAGUAAAUCUAGCUCUUUCAAAGUCGAAGAUUUUUAUAAAAUUUUUAAGAAUCAUUUUAGAGAUUUUAAGCAUGAUCUUUUAUCAAAAUGUGAAAUAAAAGAUAUGGAAAAUGAUGUUCUUGAAAACAUGCGUAUGUUAUACGAAUUAUAUGUUUAUCGCGAUGAACUUUAUAAUUUUUUGACUCCUUCUUCAACAGACUAUAGCAAACAGUGUUCAGAGUAUAUAAAUGGAUGUAUUAGUAAUUUAAAAAGUCUUAAAGAUAAGUGUACUCGCAAGAAUAGUGAAUUUUGUGAAGCCUUAGACGUAUUAAAAAAACAGCUUCAGUUUCUUAUUAUUAGUAUGGCUCCUACAAAUAUAUGCGAUAAGAAACUCUUAAAUGAAUUGUCGAAUGAAUUAGGGUUAACAGAAAAAUUUUCUGCUUCAUCAGAAAUAGGAAAAGGAAUGAGCAAUGUGGUAAUAUCAACAGCUUUAUCAUUGUUGGCCUUGUUAUUUAUAUGUUUUUAUACUUAUAAAUACACACCUUUUGGAACAAAAUUAAGUAAUAUAAUACAAGGGAAAAUAAUAGAUAUAAAAUAUGGGCACAAUAAAAAUAAUAAUUCAACCUUGAAUAGUUCUGAGAAACAUAGAAAAAAAUCAAACGCUGGAGAAUACAGUAUAUUAUAUUAUUAG